AUGGUUAAGCAGAGGAGGAGUGCAAGAAUUGAGUCGGAGAGGCCAGAGGUGGUGGAGGAUGCUUGGUCUCAACCUAAGGAGGGUACACCAAUGUUUAAGCGCUUCAAAGUCAAAGUCGGAACUAUUGAAUUGAACCUCUUCCACUCGGGAAAGCUGUGUUUGAUGAAAGAAUCAUCAAUGAAAACCGGCCGUAUUGCAGCAAAAUUCUUGAGCGUGGACGCCAAUUUUCAAUAUUCAAAAUCCAUGAGGGUCAGCCGGACAAGCUCACUUGAAUCCGGCAGCCAAGUCAGCUUCAACUUUGUCUUCUUAACAUUUCCUUCAAGAUUCAAAACACCCACCAACUGGGUGACAAUUCCAGUUUCGUCCUUCUUGAUAUCCUUCACAAUUGCAUUGCCCCAGUCCUUCAGAGUGACUUCCUCAUCCACUGAGAUCGAUACAGCAUCAGCAUAG